GUUUGUAUGUAACUUGUGUCUCAUAUAGAGCUAUGGUUAUCCGCGACUAAUGUGUCAUUGGCUGUGUUCAAAAUAGUUUAAGAAUAAUUCAACAUUGUUCUCGAUACCACGUAUGAAUCGCAAUGCGCGAUCAUUGAUAUUUUGUACACGUGAGCAUUACUAUGGCUACAAGUGUCCACAACAAAGUAUCAUUCACCGACACUGCUGUAUCGUUUAACAAAUUUUACAAACAGAUCUUUCGAUAAGAUCGAUCAUUGUUUCUUUCGAAAGAUAAAAUUGUGUCGAUACGCGACCGGUCUCGUUUCGAGAAGAAACAUUUUCAAAAAGCUGGACAUAUUGGUAGCAAUAUGACGAUCUGUUCUACCGCAUUACAACAGGGUGCAUAGAACGCAAAGUCCAGAAAAGUGCGGCUGAUGUGUUUCGAUUGAAAUUUAAUUUGAAGUAACGUUUUCUAUCGGACAUUAAAGAAGACUUCGAGCAUGCACGGAUUACGAGCUGAACAUAACGUGAGCGGUCUCGGUGCGAGUCGAUGGCUCGAAGCACUUUGGGAACCAGGAGCCAAAUUGUAUACUUUGCCAAAUGGGGUUGAUAUGCUCGAUGUAACCGGCGAUGGGGAUGCAAGACUCGUCUGCGUCGAUUUAGGAACACUUGCUGUUAAUUCUUCUAAAAUACGAGUUUACAAAGGCGGUGAUCAAGUAACAGAGCACAAUAUGAUAAACGCCCCUUGCGGAUUGGUCGGCUUUUACACCGAAAACGGAGAACCUCGAUCAUCCGUGUUAGGUGUGGGUGUUGGAUCCAGUGUGUUCAUCUUCAAAAACAUGCGACCAUAUUUCAAGUACACUUUACCCUUCAUCGACGUGCAUCCGAAAGAACGCGAAAUUUGGCAUAAAGCUGGAUUAGAGGAUGAACUGAACAUAUUGACGUUAGCCAACGAGUUGGAUUUACUAUUGAAGGAGCUUGGAGCGGGAUUUAUCUCACCGCGAACGUUGAAGUUUCUGUCUAUGGACCCAAACUUGAGGCCCAGCUUCGUGGAACAGUACAAGAGAAUUCCUCUUAUUAAAAGUAACGCUUUGACCGCGAUUUCUGUUAUACGAAGAGAUUCUUGGAACAAUCCAGCUAGUGGUUGUCUUGUACUUGGCACGGAAUUUGGAGAAGUUCUUGUUUUAGAUCCUCGAACGUUCACCGUAAUGGAUAAACACUCAGUAAAAUGACCCCCAGUCGCAUUUGCCUGUACUGGCUUAUGGACGGGCGAUGGCAGGAUAUUAAUUGUUGGAAGAGACGGUAAAAUAGGUACGAUACGAAGAGGAAGUCCUGUGAAACUUUGGGAACAGUUAUCAGCACCUGCGGUAGCUGUUUCAACCCUUAGCAAUGAUGGUGUCGUGGCUGCUGUUAUGGAUGGUACCCUAGUUGGUUUCUCCAGGAAGGGAAUUAAACUUUGGUAUGUACAUGUUCCUGGGGCAAUUUUGGAUUUAGUCAGCUUACCAGUGCCUCAAAGUGGACUCUCUUUGCUCGCUGUGAGUACCGCUGGAUACGGUAUUCGUGUGUACGAUGGAAAACACCAUGUAGACACGCUGAAGAUUAUGGAACCAGUGUCUGCUAUGAAGUAUGGUAAAAUGGGUCAAGAGGAGCGGACCAUGGCGAUGGUCACCGUAGGCGGUGGUCUAUGCGUAAAAAUUCUAAAACGAACCGCAGAUUUCAGUGUACAUAAUACAAUGACCACCUCCGCACAAAACGACGGGUCCAAAUUUCUAAUACCAAAGAAAACGAAGCUGUUUAUGGAGCAAACAGUUCGAGAAAGAUCAGAAGCAAAGAAGAUCCACACUGCUUUUCAACAAGGUCUUCUUCGGUUGCGAUUAACGGUAGCUAAUAAAGCGUUUGAAUCUCUAAACGAAAAUCAGGAUACGGGUCCUCAUCCGAUCACCAUGGAGGCAACUGUUUUAGGAUUGGGCCCGAAUUAUCAAAUUCGUAUCUUGCUGACGAACAUAUCCGACGAGUUAUCCGAUACGGAUCUAUACAUUGUUUGUAGAAGCGAAAAUACGGAUGUGAAACCACGAGUGUUGGAUGUGCCAUUGUUGCCGAGCGGUGUUCCAAUUCCUUUAGUCGUUAAAGCACUUUUGAAGGGCAUAAUAUCGGGAAAGGUAGAGAUCUUACUUUGCAAGAAAUCGAAGGCGAAACCGGUAACUGUGACGUCGGUAAUUCUACCAGCUGCAGAAGAGGAUAUUGAAAUUUAAUCACGUGUCGAUUGUUGAUUAUAUUGCUUUAUUAUUAAGUUAUCAGUCUAUAAAGAUGUUAUGAGUUCAUGUUCUGUUAGCUAGUGAUUUAUCGUGUCGUAGAUAAAAACAUUUCAGUUUAGACAGAAUAAUGGAAGCUGUAGGGUGAUACUUUCUGUAUGUAAUUUGAUUACUUAUUCUGCAGUUAUUAGCAUUUUUAUUGUUCUUGAAAUCAUGUAAAUGAAAGGUUGUUAUAACUUCCCCUUUUUAUACAAAUUUUUCCUUCUGCAACAUCUACGAAUUGUACAAUAAUGUUUUCAUUCGAGUAAUAUAAAAGUCGGGUCGAAUAUUGAAUGAUAAAUGUUAAUAAAACUCGUUAUAUAUUUAUAUUAUAAUGUAUUUUAAUAAAGUGCAUAUAUAAAAUUAUAUGAAAUAAUAAGUUUAUCAUAUAUUUAGCAUGUGUAUUAGUAGGUCAGGACCCACAUUUUAUAAAUGGGCACAAGGAGAAAAAAAUGCCAUGUCAUACAGUCACUAUUUGAAGCAUAAAUAGCUUAUAGAUCUUCAAGUAAACUGUUUAUGUAAGCAUUUUAUUUGUGCAAUAACUAUAAAGUUAUAUCAUCAUUGACACAAAUAUGUUUUCUUUUCUGAAAUAAAAACUCAAUCAAAAUAAAGAUAUUAUCUUUUAAAAAUA